AUGGUUUUAAAUAAUAAUAAAGGGUCCUCAGUUGCAGGUAAAGAAGGUAAAAUAAAAAGAACAAGAUCAAGGUUUGGUUGUCAUAAUUGUAAACGAUUAAAAGUUAAAUGUGAUGAAACAAAACCUUCAUGUCUGUUAUGUCAGAAAUCAAACAAGAAAUGUGAUUAUUCAGUUCAGCUCACUUGGGGUGGUAGGCCAUAUAAGAAGAAGAAAGUUAAUGGGUAUGGAUUUGCUACUGUUGAUACUUUUACAAAAGAUCAAGGAAUUAAGACAUCAGAUUCAACUCUAUUGAGUUCAAAGGAUGGGAAAUUAAAUAAUAAUAAUAAUUAUGGUCAAAUAACACUUGAUUUUUCAGAUAAACCAAUAUCGACUGAAGUCUCAAACAAUAAAAUAAGUCCAGUUACCCCGGAUAGUAUUACAAAUAUUAAAACUCCAGAUCAAAUAUUUGAUUAUGAUAAUACUCAUAUUGAAAAUCAAUUUGAUUUUAAUCCUGAUUUGUUAGUAUUUCAAAGUUCUGGUGCUAUUAAUACUUUGGAUUUUGAGAAUUCUAAAGUAUUUGAAGAAAUGCAAACAACAAAUGUGGCAGCUAAAGACUUUUUAAAUGAUUUUAUAUUACCAGAUUUAGAUGUUUUAACAAAUGACCUUCAAUCUUCAACUUAUUUAACUGAAUUAAAUCCAAGAAUUCAAGAACUAGAACAAAAUCAUGAAAAUUUAAUUGAUGAAGAAAGUUUAAUGUCUAGAAAUAUGUUUUCAAAUAUAUCACAAUCUUCUUCUUCAAAUACAAAUUUAACUAACUAUAAGUUCUCUGAUGAAUUAACAGAAGAAGAGAAAAAAUUAUUAACAGGAUUUGAAUUUGUUCCAUAUUCAUUUCUUCCAUUACCUGAUAUGCUUUUAAAAGCACCAUAUUUUAGAGAAAAUUUCCAUAUAUUUGUGGAAAUUGUAUCAGUUACAAUUGUUGUUGCUCCACCUGUGAUUUAUGAAAAUAAUCCAGUUAAAAAAAUUCUUCCUCAAAUGGCUUUAUCAUCAUAUUCAGAUGGUAUGCUUGCCCUAUUGGUUGCUACUGGGAUAAUGCAAAGUUGUGUUUAUCGUGGUGAACAACAUCCCAAAGGUAUAGUUAAUAUGUUAUUAAGGAAAUCUUUAAAUGAUUUAUAUAAUCGUCUUACAGAUGUUAAUGAAGCAAAUUCAGAUUAUACAUUAGCUUUAGUUAUGAUGUUGGCAUGUUUUGAAUCAAUUUUUAGUGAAUGUAAAGAUUGGAGAUCUCAUCAUAAUGGUGCUAAAAAUAUUAUAUUGGCAAGAGGAAUUAUAAAAACUCGGAAGGAUGAAUUAAAUAAUAAUAAGAAUAAUAAUAAGAUUAAUAAAAAAUUUGUUACAUUAGGUCCUGGUGAUGAAAAUGAUAUUGUGUUUUUCCUUGCUCGUUGGUUUGCUUAUGUUGAUGUUAUUGGUUCAUUAUCUUCAUCAUUAAAAUUUUCAACACCUACUGAACAAGAUAAUCAAUUAUUAUGGGAAGCUCAUGAUAUUACUAAGAAAGAUAUCUUAGAAUUAAAAGAUAUUGAUCCAUUAUCUGGUUUAGAUUAUAGAUUAUUAAGUCAUCUUUCCAAAAUUUUAUCAUUAGUUAAAGAACGUGAAUCUUUUCAUAAAGGAAAGCAAAAUGCCAUAUCAGAAGAACCAUCAAUAACAGAACGAGCGUUAGAAGUUAAAGAAGAUUUAUUAGAAUGUCUUGAAACUUUUGAAAAUGAACGAAACAAGGUCAUAGAACAAGUUAUCAUAAGACAAGACCCUGCUAAAUUAAUUAAAUUAAAAGGAUAUGAAACAAUGAGAGCUGUUAAUAGAGCACUUAUCUAUGCAGGUGUAAUACAACUUUAUAGAAGAGUUUUAUUAGUUUCAAGAAAUUCUAAAUUAGUUCAAAAAUUGAUUAAAGAUAUAACUGAAAUUUUGAGGACAAAAGUUGAAAGAGAUACUCCAUCAUCAUUUUGUACAAUAUUUGCAUUAAUUACAGCAGGAUGUGAUGCAAUUGAUGAAGAUACAAGAUUUUUCUAUUCAGAUAGAGUUUAUUCAAUGGGUGAACGAGGGUUUAGAUUUGGUUAUGAAGCUCAUAAAGUUAUGCUGGAAAGUUGGAGUACAGGUAAAUUUUGGAUUGAUAUUAUAACUGAAAGAAAUAUUGAUUUUGGAUUUUUUUAA